AUGGCAUCCAAACUAUUGUCCACCGAUCAACGAAACUUUAUUCAUCUUGGAAUAGUUUGCACAGACCUAAUAAAGCUAAUAUUGAAGGAUAUUCUGAAAAUUCAAAUUGAACCUGAAAUUUUAUAUGCAAAAAUAAAAUCAUGUCCGAAACUGCUAACCGGAAAACAUAAACUCAGAUCAGACCAGAAAAAGAUUUGUUUUUUCCCUCUUCCUCUUGUUCCUAACUAUGAAAAGUUUGACGUGUCCUUAUUGUACACACUGAUACGAAAUCUAUGCUCCAACUUAAAACCAACACAGGGUUGGGGAAGUGAACCAACCAGUACAGAUACAGAUAUCGGUGAUGAUAUUGAGCGUCUUAGGCUAUUUAGAAACGGGAUGUUUGCACAUUUGGAGUCUACAGCCGUCCCCGAUGCAGAGUUUACUACAGAAUGGAAUAACUUGAAACUUGUAUUACCAAGAACACAGGCAUUUGUUUUAUCAAAUGGGAUUACCGCUGACUAUGAGAAAGAACUAUCAAAUAUCGAGAAAUCUGAUUUUGGUUUCAGUGAUAUGGAGAAAUACAAAACCAUCUUGGAUGGUAUAAUAUGCAUUUUGAAGCGACAAGAAAAUGAAGAAUUUCCAAGGAUUGCAAUAAAUGGUGAAGACAAAGUAGUCUGUGGGAAGAUGGUGCUCUUUGAGGCUAAGGUAGAAAAUCCUUCAAAGUCCCUUACCUGCACCAUUAUCUGGCAGAGAGUGAGACAUAAUGGCACAGACCGGAUUGGCACUAGUGCAGAGAAAUACGAGGGCAGCAAUAAUAGACAGCUGGUAAUAUCGAACGUAUCAAAGGAAGACGAGGGUGAAUACCAAGCUUUUAUUCCAUGGGUGAUAGACGGACAAACUCACAACAUCACCAGCAAUUCAAUCUUUCUAAAUGCUCUAGGAGAGAAACCAACUUUAGAAAAACUGAUUGUUACCACGGGAACAGUGGGAAUAACAUUACAUUACAAGUAUAAAAUCUCAGAAGAUUCUCCAGAAGUAGAUCACAUUACAUGGACAAGAAACGGAGAGGCUUUGCACAUAGAUCAGAAAAAAUAUGCAGGUGGACGUUUAAUGGACACAUACCUCAGCAUUAUAUCUCCGACGUGUGACGACGGUGGCACAUACAUCUGUACGGUGGCCAAUGCGGUCGGUGAAGUCUCUGAGUCUCUUGUGCUAGAUUUGCCAAAUGCAACAAUAUCAACAGAAGACUCUGUCAUCUUUGGAAAUGAAACUCGAAUUGACUCAAAGAUAAUAUCUUGCCCAGCGUGUGAAACAGCGGUCUGGCAAAAGAGUUCAGAUUCAUUUAGUACAUGUAAAGAUAUAGAUUUGGGCGACCCAAAAUAUUAUGGAACCAAACUAGAUCCGAGCAACCCGGUUCUUGUGUUAACUAAAGCGACCUUUGAUGACAGGCUGUUUUAUAGACUUCUUACGAGAAACAAAAUCGGCGAACGUUUGAGUAACACCGUUUUUAUCAACGUUACGGGAUGUCCUCCAAACAUCAUCUCAUAUAGUCCUUUGACAAACAGAACGAACAAAUCAGUCACAUUGACAUGUGAUGUCUUUCUUCCUGAAAACUCGCCUCCGCUAAAGGAAAUUGUAUGGAUGAAAAAUGAUGACGUAAUAGACAUAGCCGGAAGUGGAGGGAAAUAUACAGGAGGAACCAUUGAUGAUGCAACACUGGUCAUCAACGAUGUAAAUGAACAUGACGCUGGAUCGUUUCAAUGUAGAGCUUCGAAUGCUUUGGGAUUAACUUUCGGAAACGUAAUCGUUCUUAGUGUCCCUGAGAUUCAAGUACAAGGACCAGAAAUGACAGAAACAGGGACUUCAGUUUUUACAGCAAUCAUAAAUUCAUUUCCGGCGGCUUUUUCAGUCCAUUGGAGUAAGAAAAACAAAGAAAACGAUGAAUAUACACCAAUAGAUGUCAAUGAAGAGGAAUACAGAGGAACUACCAAUUCUCUCCAACAUCCUGUGCUAGUUACCACAAAAGUUUCCUUGAUUAGCAGAAGUUUCAAAAUAGAGGCACGGAAUUUUAUUGGAACCAUAAAUAGACUAAGAGACAUCUACAAGAGGAAAGGCUCUACAAUACGAUUUAACAACCUGCGCCUUGAUCUCAUCAAGGAGAUUCCGGACAGCAAAUUAAACUCAUUAAAAGAGACAUUAAAAGUGAUAUCAUCGAGAGACGUAUCUGUAGAAAAUAUAGCGACAGUUGAAGAUUUCUUCACAGUUCUUCUCGACGAGGGAAUAUUUAAAGAACAAGAUAUAAUUAUGAUGCAGUACCUAUUAAGAAGCAUUAAACCCCCUGAUCUGGAAUUCAAAUGUGUGGAAUACGCAAGAAAGAACAAACAAUGUUACUUUGAGGAAACACAACCUACAGGAGACGGAUAUAAAUACGUUCAAUUGCACGUUGCAGAUGACUUACAAAAUUUCACAAACAUUGACGACUUGUUAGCGACAGUGGCAGAUAUAGUUGGUUGUGAAGAAAGUUUUAUUGAACUGGUUGGUUUACGUCCUAAAACAAGUUUCAUCAUUGUAGUUUCAAUGAAAGAAAAGUUUGCACGAAAACUUAAAGAAAAAGGUCCAGUCGGACUAGCAAUAUUAUUGAAGUACAACGUAGACUGGAUUAAAGUUGAAAAUGAGGUUAUACGCAUUGCACGAGUGCAGGAGACCGGGGAAGAGGGCCAGGGUCAUUUUAUAUUACCGGGACUUAACUACAGUACUGUGUAUCUGUAA